UGCACUGUCAACAAACCUGUGUAGUCCAGAUAAGAAUAUUUUAUUACUCUUUCUUAAGCGGAGAUAAUCUAGUGUGUAUUUGAACAGCCAUCGAUUUACGUGUAAAUAGAAUAAAGUAGACGAAUGGCUUCAUUUAUUUCAACUGAUCAUCAACAUCAAAGAUUGAACCCAUUAACUGGCCAAUGGGUUUUGGUGAGUCCACAUCGUUUAAAACGACCUUGGAGCGGUCAAUCGGAAAAAUCACAAUCUGAGAAUAAUGAGGUGGAUUUCGAUCCAUCAAACCCUCUUUGUCCGGGCGCCACAAGAAACGGAAAGGUGAAUCCAAAAUACGAAUCAACCUAUGUAUUUCCAAACGAUUUUCCAGCACUUUUGGAAGACACACCAUCACCAAUGCCCAGUGAUGAUCCACUAUUUCAAAUAACCGAUGCCAAAGGAACUUGUCGCGUGAUGUGUUUUCAUCCGAAACUGAAUAAAUCUCUGCCGAUUAUGUCACAUGAGGAAAUUGAGCAUGUUAUUGAUGAAUGGAUGAAACAGUACAAGGAGCUCAGUCCAAAGUAUAAAUGGGUGCAAAUAUUUGAGAAUAAAGGCGCUGCCAUGGGUUGUUCCAAUCCACAUCCGCACUGUCAGAUUUGGGCAUGUAAUUUUCUGCCCAAUGAACCAGCAAUGAAAGAAAUCAAUCUUAAGAAAUACUAUGAUAAAUAUGGUAGUGCUAUGCUUGAAGAUUACGUAAAGAAAGAAGUAGUGCGUAAGGAACGAAUCGUUAUUGAAAACAAAGAUUGGUUGGUCGUGGUCCCUUAUUGGGCUGCAUGGCCCUUUGAAACAAUGCUCAUAUCGAGAAAUAAAUUGAAACGCAUGGAUGAAAUCAAUAGUUCGCAAAGAAAAAGUCUUGCUGUUGUUAUUAAGCAAUUGACCACUAAAUACGAUAAUUUGUUCAAUUGCUCAUUCCCCUAUUCAAUGGGCUUUCAUGGCGCACCGAGUGGCCCAACAUCAGGUAAUGAAGACGACUCACAUUGGACAUUGCACGCAAUUUACUAUCCACCCCUUUUGCGAUCGGCUUCGGUGCGAAAAUUUAUGGUAGGUUUCGAACUUUUGUGUCAAACACAGCGUGAUUUAACUGCUGAACAAGCAGCUCAACGCCUACGUGAAAUGGACCAAGACGUUCAUUACUCGCAAACGAUUUAAAGGCAUAAAUAAAUGUAUACAUCUUAGAUAAAAUAAAUAAAUUGCCAAAUUAUCGUUAUUAA